AUGCACGCAAACAAGCUGCUGCUUCUGAUCGCGCUGGCUGUGCUCGGCGCAAACGCAUAUGUGCCGCCUACCGAGAUUCGCAUUGGUCAGCUCUUCUCCAAUCUGUCCACUGGCGUGGAUGCCAUGCUCGGCAACGCCAAGGAUAUGGGCACGACUGCCAAGCUUGCCGUCGAAAAGCUGAACGCCGACAACUUCAUCCCCGGCGUCACCUUCACACUGGUUCAGGCUGACAUCAAGGCUUACCAACCCGACCUGUCCGUUUAUGGCACGCUGGAUUUCAUCCAAAACCACAACAUUCACUGCCUCGUUGGCCCCCAGCAAAUUGCUCCCACGCGUGUCACGGCUGGCAUUUCCGGCGCGCUCAAGGUGCCCCAGCUUGGUUUUGCCACCGACGACGAGAUGGCCAGCCGCGCUCUGUACCCCACCUACUACCGCAUGCAGCCUUCGUCGACCUACAACUACCUGAACGUGCUUCGUCUGAUGGCCUACCUGCACUUUGACCGCAUUGCAAUCAUUGACUCGAACACUGCUCUCUACCCCUCGUCGUUCUUUGCCGAAGCGGCUCGCCUCAACAUCACCAUUGUCGCCUACGUGACCAUCACCCCCGUCGGUGCCACCUAUCCUACCAUGCCGACAAUCAUUGAAACCCUCAAGAACUCGCGUGCUCGC